AUGCCCGAGAGGAAUGGAGCUUCUUGGAACACCAUGGUGUCCGGGUUUGUUCGAGUGGGUUUAUACCCAGAUGCAGUUAGUCUGUUUCCCCAAAUGUGCAGUCAAGGAAUUGAGCCAAGUGGGUAUUUGAUUGCCAGUUUGAUGGCUGCGUGCAGUCGGUCGAUGAAUAUGGUUUGUGAAGGAUUUCAAAUUCUUGGCUUUGUACUCAAACUUGGCUUGUUGUGGGAUGUGUUUGUGGGCACUGCGUUGCUGCAUUUUUAUGGCGUAUACAGGUUUCUUUCUAGUGCUAAGAGGCUUUUUGAGGAGAUGCCGGAAACGAAUGUAGUUUCUUGGAGUUCAUUGAUGGUUGCAUAUUUGGACAUUGGAGAUUCCAGGGAGGUUUUAAAUAUAUAUCAACAAAUGAGGCAGGUUGGUUGUAACCAAAAUACUUUCACAACGAUAUUUAGUUCAUGUGGAUUGCUUGAGGAUGAGUUGCUGGGUCAUCAAGUGCUUGCACAUGUUAUAAAGACUGGAUAUGAGACUAAUGUUUCUCUUGCAAACUCUCUCAUCUCAAUGUUUGGCAGUUUCUGUAGCAUACAAGAUGCCUGCUAUGUCUUUGAUCACAUGAUUGAACGUGACACAGUUGUUAGCAUAUUAUAUUAG